GGAUGGCGGUAGCGACGUUGCACGUGUUCCGGCGAUUCAGUGUGAAAAGUGUCUCGUUUCGAUCGAGUUUAGUUUGCCUGUCGAGGUGUAUCAACUUUGCAAGGUGUUCGAGUCAAGAAAUAAAACGUAAAAUGUCGUACAGCACGGUUGAACGCGGCGCACCAAAUACCACGGAAUAUAGGAUUUAUUUCCAAAAUGAAAACGGCUUCUGUUCUCCGAUGCACGACAUUCCGCUGUACGCGGACGAAGCGAACAAAGUUUUUAACAUGGUGGUCGAAGUUCCGCGAUGGACCAAUGCCAAGAUGGAGAUUAAUCUGAAAGAGACUCUCAAUCCUAUAAAGCAAGAUGUUAAAAAGGGCAAAGUACGCUUCGUAGCGAAUUGCUUCCCUCAUCACGGAUAUAUUUGGAACUAUGGAGCUUUACCUCAGACUUGGGAAAAUCCCGAAGUACUCGACGCAGCGACAGGAUUUAAGGGAGACAAUGAUCCAAUAGAUGUUUUAGAAAUUGGAUACCGCGUAGCAAAACGAGGUGAAGUACUGAAGGUCAAGGUUUUGGGAACGGUUGCACUUAUCGACGAGGGCGAGACUGACUGGAAGAUAAUAGUAAUCGAUGUUAAUGACCCAUUGGCCGAACAAAUGAAUGAUAUCACCGACGUAGAAAAAUGUUAUCCAGGAUUGAUGAAAGCAACCAUAGAAUGGUUUAAAAUCUACAAGAUACCUGAUGGCAAACCGGAAAAUCAGUUCGCCUUCAACGGCGAACCGAAACCGAGGGACUUUGCUCUCCAUGUUAUCAGUGAAGUUCACGAACACUGGCAAAGUCUCGUUACACGAGAUACUCCAGUCACGGGGAUAUCUCGCGCAAACGUGACGGUAGACGAUUGUCCAUCAAAAAUUGAUGCUGCGGCAGCAGAAAAGGUUGUUAAAGCUUCGCCCGAGCCCGCCGAGCCUCAGCCGGUCGAUCCGAGCGUGGAUAAGUGGCACUACGUGCAUCUGAAGUAAAAGCACAAUGAUGAAGGAAAUAGAACAAGCGGAGAGAUAAUCAGCAGGAAAACGCUGAGUCUUGGACGGAGAAAUGCAGAGGAUUUUGACAGAACGAAAAGAGAACGGAGAUGCGGAAAGUGAGAAAAAAAUGAGAGGAAAAGAGGAAAGAGUCGACUUUGUUCCUAGUUUUGAAAACACAGCGAAUUCCCAUUCACGAAAGUUGCAACGUUGCUUCGUCGCUUCUAAUCGCAAGUAUACAACGAGUCCUUGCUAUCAAGGAUUCCCGCAACAUGUGCAUCUGCAUUAAAAAAGAGAAUAAAAAUGGACACAUAAAAAAAAAAACAAUUAGAAAAAAUACAACACAAACUUGCGCAUAAUUCAAUCGUAUUUAUUAAUAUCUGUAAUUAGAAAAAUGUUCAUCAGUAAAUCUGGACUAAUUGUAAAAGGUUGUGAUAACGUAUACCCCACUUAAGAUUGCGUCUCGAUGAUAAAUGAUGGUGAAUUGAAAACAUAUUUACGACCAAAA